ACCGCUAUAUUCAGUUGGCGCCAAACUUAAAGGAUUGGUUGGAUGUAUAGGUAAAGUUUAUCCACUCCUUCCAAUACUCUGUGCUUCACUCACCACCCCACCCGCCAUCUCUGUCGGUUCCUCCUCAUAAUUUACUUUCCUUCUUUCUUUCAUACCUGUUCUAAUUUCUAUCAUUUUAUUUACAUGUAACUCUACUCUUUCUUCUUCUUCUUCUUUGGAAACUGCUUCAAGCCCAACUAAAAGCUUGCUUUUAACAUUCCUACUAUAAGGUAAUUCGUUUUUUUCCUCUGUUGGUUGGCACAUAGUGAAGGAUAUGAACCACAGAUCAUGCUUGCAAGUCUAAUUCUUGAUAGAAAUUUGGAAUUUACUUAAGCCCACUUAAGUUUGGAUGCAUCUAAUUGAGAUCAUUUUGGCAUCUUUGAAUCUUGUCUUUUAAGAAAUUAGUAGUAUUCAAGCACAUCUAAAGUCUAUGGAAGUUGGAGAAACAAAAUGUUCAUCUGGCUAUGGCAAGCCUCCGUGGAUAUUUAAAGGCAGUGCACUAUACCAGCUUCAUCUUGUGAAAGCAGAAACUGCUCGACCAUUCAUCCCAAAGGAGUUGAGAUUAGUUGAAGCAUUUGGAUACACUCUUGGUGGCUUUUUCCUCGCUAGCUAUGAGGACAGUCCAGCUGGGGCAUUUGAUGAGCUUGUGGUGAUUGCAGGAAUCGUGUGGAAUCCCCCAACAUCUUGCGCAUGGGCUGCUAGGGUGCUUGUGAACAGUGAUGAAGCUUGUGAUCAUGGACGAAAGUACGUAGGGCUUCCAAGUCAGGUUGCAAGGUUUACUAAGCGAAUCAAUGCAGUUCAAGGGCAACCAAAGUGUAAAUUCAGGAACUUUCUGAACAUUGGUUUGGGUACAACUAAGACAUACUUUCCAAAGGAUUUCAUGGAUUUACAAGUGAGCGAAAUCAAGGGUGGUGCUGCUGAAGAUUUUUGUAACAUUAAAUUUUCAGCUACAGGGCCUGCACCGAAAUUCAACAAGAGGGCAGGGCUUGCAAUCAAAAUGUCACUGCCAAGUUUUAGUGGCCAUUCGGAGUAUAUUCCAAACAUUUUAAAGUAUUCUUGCCAUAUUGAUUGCAGGGUGAGAAUGGUGGAGCCAGUAAAAGUUUCAGGGCCAUCUUUUCCACCUAAAGAGGACACUGGUAAAAGCUUGCACCUCCAUGCUCACCUAACAGCAAACUCUGCCACUGAAGAACUGGUAGAUAAUGAACAUAAGUUGAGCAUAUCUGUGAUGUUAUCAAGGCCAAUAAUAGCUUUAGAAUUCAAUUGUUUGAAAAUGCGAGUUGAAGCUCCUAUUGUUGUCGCCAAUUGCUCAAAAAGUUCUUUAAAAGUUUCUUCUUGAUCAUUCUUGUACUGCCUAAUUCUUGAUGUUGUUUAUAAAAUUCCCUGAAGUUGACAUU